GGUAGUAGGUUAGAACAUAUUAAACUGGCAUUUGCUUUUUCCUGAAAAUCUUGUGUCAAAAUAUAUAAGAUGAAACGUCGAAAUACUGAGGCCGGAAAACCUCCGAGAAGGCCUGUGAAAAGAGCCGGAAAAUUUGCUGAAGGAGUUUGUGGAAGCUCAUUCGUUUACAUCAAAUUUGUGACCAUUUGGCUGUUCAUUCUCUUAGCUGAUUUUAUUCUUGAGUUCCGGUUUGAGUACAUGUGGCCUUUCUGGCUGCUGCUUCAAAGUGUUUACGAUACUUUUAAAUACCAAGGCUUGGCGUAUUCUGUAUUCUUUGUAUGCAUUGCAAUAACAUCAGACACCAUAUGCUUGCUGUUUAUUCCUAUUCAGUGGCUUUUCUUUAUGGCAAGCACAUAUGUAUGGAUUCACUAUGUCUGGCAUACAGAUAAAGGUAUCUGCCUUCCCACUGUCUCGCUCUGGUUGUUGUUUAUGUACAUUGAAGCUACAAUGAGAUUAAGGGAUUUAAAAAGCAGCCCGUUUCACAUAGACCUAUGCCGACCUUUUGCAGCUCAUUGCAUCGGUCAAAGUUGUGACUAUGGGAUAGGUUUCAAAAGUUACGUGUCAUAUCGGUUUAAAUUACGAAUGCAACGAGAGGUACAGAAAGAAAACACCUUUUAUUACGAACUUUUACGACAAGCUUUACCUAAAGAACAACUGAAUCAUACUCUUUCUGUGACAGAUAAAGACAAAAGUGAAGUCAGUACACCAAGUAAUACAUCUAACGGCGUGUUACCUCAUGUGAAGAAAUCACAUGAUCGAUCUAAAUCAUCUCCCAUUUCUCAUGAUAAUACUUUACAAAUUGCAGAGGUAACGCCCUCCCCCACAAAGACCACUGUGUCCAGUUCGGGCUCAUCGAGCACCCCGUCCCUCUCGCGCAAGAGUGCCAAUAAAUCUGUACCGGAACAUAUACCAAUUUGGACACCCCCUGUACAGGAAAUAGAAGUUAUUUUUCGAAAAUCGAAUAAAAGCAAAAAGUCUUCAAAUGAGUCUGCUAGCUCUCCGACGCAGCAACAACAGAAAAGCAAAUCCAGCAACAGCGGAAAUAAUUCUCCGAAAUCGCUGAAGCAGAACUCGUCGUCGCGCUCCAGUUCUGUUCAUUCGAACGAUUCUGAAAAACAGAAAGCCCCAAUUUUACCCAACGGGCAUUUAGGGGUAAAAGAAGUCAUACCCCUACCCCUAACUAACGGACAUGUUAUACCAGAAAAAACGGAGAACAAAAUUGAGUUAAUAAGCACACCAAGCGCCAUCGAGAGGCUUGAAGCUACAAUAGCCAAGCUUCAAUCCGAGCUCAACCAAGCGCGAAAAAACGACCAAGAAAUGAAAAAUCAAAUAAGUUUGCUAACUAAUCUGGAACGCUCAGCAAAAAAUGACGUGAAUCAGUUGAAAAAGGAAAACGACAUGCUGCAGACCAAAGUGAACAGUAUGGUCAGUGGCAAACAAAAGGAUAAACAAAGCAUGCAAAGCAUGGAAAAGAAACUUAAAAGUGAGGCAGACAGCAGAGUUAACGUUGAAAAACAACUUCACGAAGAAAAAAGAAGGCGCAAAGAAGAAGAAGAGACAGCAAAGCACGCCGCUGCGCAAGCACAAAAUAAUCGUGAAAAAGAAAAAGCUGAAGCAUUAAAACAAGCCAAACACGACCUGGAAAAUGAAAUUUUAAAACUUGAAGGCCAGCUUAAGGCAAAACAAGAAGAGUGCGACGUUAUGAAAAAGGAAAUCUCGGAGUUCCAGCUUCAGGAGAAAUCUGCAAAAGAAUCGGAAACACUGAUGUCAGCAUUGCAGGCAAUGCAAGACAAAAACCUGAUGCUCGAAAACUCGCUUAGCGCCGAAACGAGACUAAAACUGGAUCUGUUUUCUGCACUCGGUGACGUGAAACGACAACUGGAAUUAGCUCAUGGUGCUAUAUACAAACGAGACGCUGAAAUUGUAGAUUUAAAAUCCCGUCUUGCCGAUAUUUUAUCGAUUCUUCCCGAAUCACGUAUCCGAUCAUCAACCCCCCAUUACUCCGCAAAUUUCCUCGAAAAGCCCCCGCUCGUACGCCUAAGCCCCACCCAAGAAUACCCCAAUAAUUUCUGCACUCAAGUCCCAGCCGCCAGAACCCCAGUCCCCACUGUCGUACAAAGUCACCCCAAUAUUGACCCGCAAAUGGUAGGCCUGCUUCACCCCGUUCAUUUAGACCCCAACGCUGCCAUGUACACCCCCUCCACAUCUGGUUUGUAAGCCCCGUCUCAUCUUACCCCAAAUUUUGAACACGUCCCAUCUUACCCCAAAUUUGGCGGUCUCCCAUCUUACCCCCAAAUUUGGGGAUGUCCCAUCUUACCCCAAAUUUUGGUUUUACCCCUACCGCACAGUAAAUUCAUUUUAAAAAUUUGCUGCUUUUAGUUAUUAGGGUGUAGUUUUUAUUUGGUUGACUUCACUCUGUCCUAAAUAACCGAGAAUAGUCAUGUAUAUAGAACUCUGGGUAAAAAAGAGUGUAGUACCCGCAUAUACAGAGAGAAAAAAAUAUUAAUGAAAUUUCAUAUAAAUUAAAAUUUCUGCCAACUCUUUCGGAAAACUACUUGGUGUGCAUUCUGUCGGCGAGAAUUUCACGGCGGUCCACUUUUUGUUAUUUCUAUGGUGUUCCCUGUCUCGGUGUUUCCCCUUUCGUUAAACCCGCAGUUUUUGCCAUAGAUAUCAUGUACAUGUUAUGUAUAUGAUAUCUAUGGCUUAUUUUCUGUUGAGUCACAAUGUUCGUUACGCCCGGUUUUCUGUGCGUCUCGACCCCUCUGCCUACGUCACCGUGUGACGUCACGCCUACGUCAUAACAUGAAAUUUUCGCUUUUUUGAAAUUUUUUUCCUAAUACUACUCGGCUGAUUUAUGAAAUGCUUUUGACAAUGGUCCUUUGUUACGCAACAAGCGCUAUUUGUGUCGUCAUCGUUCGUUUGUAAAUUGUUUUCCUCUGCCGUCAAUCUUGGUUUUCGCUAAUAAUAAAAAAA